GCCCCGUGGGCUGCCUCCGCCCGGGUUGCCGCGUGCCGGUCGAUGAUCACCGCCGCGUUGCCGCGACACAUCGCGUUUGCUCCCGUCCUGUACCGGCCGGGGGCCAUCUCCAUCGCGCUGCAGGGAGUGGGGCGUGCUACAGCGCGCGCUCCGGCCGAUUGCCACCUGUGCCAUCGGCUUGGGAGCCGCGUCCGAGGGAGGGCUGCGCGCCGCGCCGUGGUCGUGCUCCGCCUGAGGGAGGAGCGCCGCAUCGGAUGCUGCUUCGGAGAGGUGGAGGACGCCGUCCUCGCCAAACGUCGAGAAGCAUGUCUAUUGAUUCCUGCCAUGGAAGGGUUGCGGUUGAUCGAAUCGGCAGCGACUGAAAUUCUCCUGUGCUGAAGCCGUGCGCGCUGGAUGGAGUCGACAUCGCGAGUACAGGGGCAGACGUUGGCGCCGCCGUGACUAAUGUCGCCAUCCGCGCCAAGACUCAAUGCUGCAGUCCGCCGCGCGAGAUAAGGCCGGCAGCGCUGGGAAUCGCGCGAGGCGUCGAGGAGGUCUGGCCUAAUCGCUCUGUUAGGGCAAGGUGCUGACAACGUGUAAAGAUGAAAAGAGAGAGCAGAGAGAAUAAUAGAUGAACAGUUAUUCUAUUGAUUGAA